AUGCCUCGGUAUGCAGCUGGAUUGGAGUCACCUGCAAUUCGCGCCACCAGAGUUGCAGAGUUGGAUCUUUCAAACAUGGGAUUAACUGGUAGUAUCCCUCCGAAGUUGGGAAACCUAUCCUUUCUAAUUUACCUUAAUCUUAGUGGCAACCGUUUUCAUGGCGAACUUCCAGGUGAGUUAGCUCACUUACGCCAGUUAAAAUUCAUGGAUAUUAGUGUCAACGAUUUUUCUGGGGGGAUACCACCAAGUCUUGGUCUAUUACCAAAUCUUGAACGGUUGAUUAUUGCUAACAACUCUUUUGAAGGAGCCAUUCCAUCUUCACUCUGUAACCUGUCGAGGCUGGAGAUCCUGAACAUGGACUUCAAUUUUCUUCAAGAACAGAUCCCAUUAGAUAUUGGUAAUCUUGGUAGCCUAAAAAUUUUGAGAAUGAGAAGCAACAGAAUUUCUGGUUUUUUACCAAGAUCAAUAUUACAGAUCUCUUCACUAGAAAUUAUGAAUCUUCAGGACAAUUUCUUGUCCGGCAAUAUUCCAGAAGACAUGUGCCAUAAUGUAACAAAACUCAGAUUUCUGUCGCUCGCAUCUAACAGCCUAAAUGGCCAAAUUCCACUGGAUAUAUCAGAAUGCACAGAGCUUCAGGUAUUGGACCUGUAUAGCAACAAAUUAACAGGACUCAUUCCAAGAGAAAUAGGGAAUCUGACUAUGCUUGAGGUGUUAAAUCUUCGCUCCAACAUUUUAGAAGGCACUAACGCACAAAAUAAUGUCGCAGGCUUUAUACCCCAGGAGCUUGGAUAUCUUCAUGGAUUGGAAGAACUAGAUUUGUUUAAUAAUAGCUUGAGGGGCUCUAUUCCAGACAUCCUCUUCAACAGCUCGAGUUUAAGAACGUUAAGUCUCGCCCUUAAUUCCCUUUCAGGCUCUCUUCCAUCAAGUAUAGGCAAUAACAUGCCUAAUCUUGAAGUGCUCUAUCUUGACCUAAAUAACCUCACAGGAGUUUUCCCCAACUCUCUCUCAAAUUCUUCGAAGCUACGGGAUCUAGACCUUUCUGUAAAUCAGUUUACUGGUCUAAUUCCCAAUAGUCUUGGUAACCUAAAAUUCCUCCAAUCUCUCUAUCUCCAUCACAACAAUUUGGAAGCUGAUCAAGAGCUGAGCUUCAUCACUUCCUUGACCAGAUGCAGACAUCUAAGACAAAUUUUAGUCGGUUUCAAUCCUCUUAAAGGCAUCCUUCCAGAAUCCAUUGGGAACAUCUCUAACCUUGAUUACUUUGAGGCGAGUUAUUCUGAACUUAAGGGUGGCAUACCAAAACAGAUAAGUAACUUGAGCAACUUGAUAAUAAUAAACUUAUCUGACAAUGAUUUGAGUGGAUUUAUUCCAUAUGAAUUCAAUGGUUUGCAGCAGCUGCAGGUAUUAUACUGUCCGUUCAACAACAUAGGAGGAAUAAUUCCAACGAGUCUUUGUCAUUUGCCAAACUUGUAUCAACUGUCCCUGACCCGAAAUAAAAUUCUUGGAGCAUUGCCUGAAUGCUUAGGCAAUGUUACUUCUCUAAGAAAGCUUUUUCUUGGUUUCAACAAAUUAACAUAUAGCAUACCUGCAAGCCUUUGGAAUCUUAAAGAUAUCCUGUAUUUCGAUCUGUCCUCAAAUCUCUUGAAUGGAUCCCUACCACCUGAAGUUGCAAGAUUACAGGCUGUAAUUGAAUUAAAUCUAUCAAAGAAUCAGUUCUCAGGCUAUAUUCCAAGUACAAUAAUUAAGUUACCAAACUUGAUCUAUCUGUCUUUGGCUGAUAAUAAAUUUGAAGGAAGUAUUCCAGACUCCAUGGGGAAAUUGAUUAGUUUAGAAAAUCUGGAUCUAUCCAACAACAGUCUCACUGGCAUGAUCCCAAGGUCACUCGAGGCCCUUCAACAUCUAAUGUAUUUCAAUGUAUCGUUCAACAAAUUAAGUGGAGAAAUUCCAAGUGGAAGGCCCUUUGAGAAUUUCACUUACCUUUCUUUCUUGUCAAAUGAAGCUAUUUGUGGUAAACCUCAAUUCCAUGUCCCACCUUGUCGAGUUAAUUCUUCGCCCAGAUCAAAGAAUAAGAAAGUGGUGUUGGCUGUACUUAUUCCAAUAACAACUGCAUUGGCAGCAGCCACCUUGGUCAUCAUACUUUUGUGGUUAAGAUACCGACUAAGACAGGUUCAAGCUCAGGCUGAUUCAAUACCUGAUAAAAUGCUUCAAAGAAUUUCGUUCUAUCAACUUCAACAAGCAACUGAUGGGUUUAACGAUAGAAACUUGCUUGGCAGAGGAAGUUUUGGAUCAGUUUUCAAAGGAUCACUCACUGAUGGGACAAUUGUUGCCAUAAAAGUGUUUCAUUUGCAAUUGGAAGGUGCAUUCAAGAGUUUCGAAAUAGAGUGUGAAGUGUUAAAGAACCUUCGUCACCGGAAUCUCACCAAAGUUAUCAGCAGCUGUUCCAACCUUGAUUUUAAGGCCUUAAUCCUUGAGUACAUGCCUAAUGGGAGCCUAGAAGAGUGGUUGCAUUCUGAUGGUCAUUCCUUGGAUGUUAUUCAGAGAUUGAACAUUAUGACAGAUGUAGCACGUGCAAUUGAGUAUCUCCACCACAGUUACUCAACUCCGGUUGUUCACUGUGACUUGAAGCCUAGCAAUGUCUUGCUAGAUCAAGAUUUGGUUGGACAUGUGAGCGACUUUGGCAUUGCAAAACUGUUAGAAGAGGAAGAAACUAUUAAGCAUACCACGACCCUAGCUACAUUUGGUUAUAUGGCACCAGGUGAGUCUUGUGGCUUUCAUUAUGCUUCAAAUAUUAUAUCCUCCUGAAAAAUAGUUAAA